AUGCGAUACUUUUUAUCAUUAUUUUUGUAUUUUUUAUUAAUUCAUUCAGCGAUUUCAAUACAUAAUGAGGAAACACCAUUUGCAUAUCACAAGUGAGAUUAGACUUUCUGAAUCCCAAAAUUAAUUUUUUUUUAAUUAAUUUCAGUUUCAAACUAAUCCGAAUAAAUCCUGAAACUCAGGAGAAUGUUAAAUAUUUACGCGAACUUUACGAGGAUUCUUCACCAUAUGAGCUGGAUUUCUGGCAACCUCCGACACAGAUUGGUGCAAUUGUUGAUGUGACAGUUGCACCGUCUGAUGCACCAUUGUUUGUGAAGGAUUUGGAGGCGAAAGGGUUGAAUUAUAUUGUGGCGGUGAAUGAUUUAUCGAAGUGAGUUAGGGGUUCCAAACAUAGUCGCUCCGGGGACCCUUGAGUUAACCGCCCUUCUAGGAAAUAUUUUCAAAAAAUUAACCCCCCUAACCAACUUUUUGUGGGUUUUGGCCUCUAAAAGUAUGAAAUACUCCACAAUUUUGAAAAGUUAAGGGCCCUACCUUCAAAAAUGCCGCUAAAGUUAACCCCCCUCCGACCGAAUUCGGAGUCCCAUGGUUCCAAAGCUGCAGAAACCCGGAAAGCAAAAAUGGUUAAGGUUUAAACCCGAUCUAAAACCGAACCCAAAGAUCAAACAUCAAAAUUUUCUGCCCUAAAAUCAUUUUUAUGAUAUCUAGGUUCAAGGCUUCAGGGAGAACAGACCUCGGGGUUUCCAAAUAAAAUUUUUCAGAGCAAUCGAAAAUGAAAGGGGAGCUGAUGUAUUUUACAAUCCAUCAAGCGGCUUUGCUUAUGAUAAAUACAAUUCUCUGGAAGAAAUCCACACCGAGAUGAAAAGAUUGAAAAAAGAAUAUCCAACAAUGAUAACAUUGAUAGACAUCGGACAAAGUCAUGAAAACCGCACCCUUCUAGUCAUGAAAAUCACUGGAAAACGAAAUCCACUUGGCUCGAAAAUCUCAAUGUGGAUUGACGCCGGAAUUCAUGCGAGAGAAUGGAUUGCGCCAGCUACAGCGAUGUAUAUGGCACAUGAGCUGAUUAUUGGGUAUGAUAAUGAUGCGACAAUCGCGAAAAUGAUGGAUCAUAUUGAUUUUUAUUUCUUGCCAGUUAUGAAUCCGGAUGGUUAUGAGUAUUCGAGAUCGAAGAAUCGAAUGUGGAGGAAGAAUCGGAGCCCGGCAAAGUGUCAUCGACAACAUUUUAGCACUGUUUGUUGUCAAGGGGUUGAUCUUAACAGAAAUUUUGAUUGGUUCUGGGCAUGUAAGUUUAGCAAAUUCCUUUUUUCACAAUCAGAAAACUCUAUGUUUAGCAACCGGUUCAUCCAAUGACCCCUGCCACGACACUUUCCAUGGCACAGCUGCAUUUUCCGAACCCGAAUCUCAAGCAGUUCGAGAUUUCCUAGAGCAAAACACUCCGGAAGCCUUUAUCUCACUUCAUUCCUAUUCUCAAAUGUGGUUAAUUCCAUACGGACAUCGGAAACAAAGUUAUCCACAAGAUUAUCAUACUGGUUUGAGGCCAUUGGCACUUCGAGCAACAAAAGCGCUAUACGAAUUGUAUGGCACAAAAUAUCAAGUUGGAACUGGAGCCGAUCUUAUGUGUGAGUCCCUAGAUUUAUUGAUCUUACAAAUAUUUGUCAAAUUUUUAUAGAUGAGGCAUCUGGUGGUUCUCAUGAUUGGGCAAAGGGACAGUUGAAAGUUCCAUAUGCGUAUCUCAUCGAACUUCGCCCGAAAAACACAAUGCUUGGACAUGGAUUCUUAUUGCCUGAACGUGAAAUUGUUCCAACCGGACUCGAGACUUUCGAAUCGAUUAAAGUCGUUGCCGAUGAACUUAUCGCUCAAUUUGUUGAACCUGUGAUAAGAUCGAAAUUGAUUUCCAGUAAGCUAUUGAUUCGAGUAGGUAUGCAAAAAUCAAUGAUUUUCAGCACCUCCCCCAAUUCGUCGAGGUUAUUCAAUAAUUGAUACAACCACUACUACAAAAAUCGAACCUUCUACUGAAACAUCUACAGAAGCUGCAACCACAACCACAGAAGCGUCGACAACUACCCAGGAGUCCACUUCCACCUCGACUUCAACAACAACAUCCACCACAACUUCAACAACACCAGAACCUAUCACUGAAACCGAAGCCGAAACAUCUACAAUCGGUAAUAACAUCGAGGAAGAGGAAGCGACAACACAACCAUCAAUAAAAUGUGUAGACUACGGCGAUUAUUGUCGAUUGUGGGGUGUUCUACAACUUUGCUAUCGAGAUCAAGUCACCAAAUUGUGUCCGAAAACGUGUGACACAAGAUGCUCUUUUCAAUCUUAG